AUGAGAGAGUUCUCUACUGCAAAAUAUGUACAAUUACCCAACAGAGUUUUUGUGCCCAGUGAGUGGCCUGUCAAAGGAUUGGAGUCAUUCCUUUCAAAACUGACUAAGCUUGUGAUCGAUGAUGUGACUUCCGAUAGAGUAAUCGUCCUACAAGUGCAGGAUAUACCUACGAUUCUGGUAUGUUGCGGAGAAGGAGAAGAAACUCAGUACUUCUUUCAAAGAAUUUCCAGUCCAGGCCAAACUGAAGCAUAUGUUAUUGAUGUCGUAAUUGCCACAAUGGAUAAUUUAUCAAAAAAAAAUUCCAUGACAUCCGAAGAUUCAUCGAAAAGUUCAGAGAAUGAUAUCUCCGAUUCUGAUAAAGGAAUCUCAUUGGAUAACUACAAUAUCAUGACGCACCAGAGUGAGAACAAAACAGCAUAUUACUUCGUACUAAUUCAGGAAAAGUGA